AGGCUGUCAUGGCGGCAGGAAGGCGCUCCGGCUGUUUCUCCACGGCCCACCCCAACUCAGAGCCAGUGGUGUGACCUUAGCUCCGGAGUGAAGGAGACUGAGGCUCCAGGUGGCUCUCUGUCCUACCCCUGUGUGUAUGUUGCGUGGCGGCAUAAGUCGAAGCUGCCUGGUGGGGCUGCUGAAAGCUCAGGAGUCCUCCUCAGACAGGUGUCAGCAACUCCAGAAUGUGGCCGCUUGCAAGCCUGGUACUGCUCCUGACCAUCUGGGGAGUUUCCGGCAUACCUGCUCCUCUUGACUCAGUGUUCUCCAGCAGUGAGGAUGCCCACCAAGUACUACGCAUCCGCAAACGUGCCAACACCUUCCUGGAAGAGCUCCGGGCCAGCAGCCUGGAGCGGGAGUGCGUGGAGGAGAUCUGUGACUUCGAAGAGGCACGAGAAGUUUUCCAAGAUGUGGAUAAAACACUGGCGUUCUGGUCUAAGUACCUCGACGAGGACCAGUGCUCCGCGCCGCCCUCGGAGCACCCGUGCGACAGCCCAUGCUGCGGCCACGGCAGGUGCAUCGACGGCAUCGGCGGCUUCCGCUGCGACUGCAGCCAGGGCUGGGAGGGCCGCUUCUGCGCGCACGAGGUUCUCUUCUCCAACUGCUCGGUGGACAACGGCGGCUGCGGGCACUUCUGCGUGGAGGAGGAGGAGGGUCGCCGCCGCUGCACGUGCGCGCCGGGCUACCAGCUUGGGGACGAUCACUUGGAGUGCCGGCCCACAGUGAAAUUCCCUUGUGGGAGGCCAGCUAGACAAGUUGAGAAGCGUCGCAAGAACCUGAAGCGUAACACAGACCAAGUAGAUCCAGAAGCAGACCAAGUAGAUCCACGACUUGUCAUGGGGAAGCUGACUUCAUGGGGCGAUAGCCCUUGGCAGGUGAUCCUGCUGGACUCGAAGAAGAAACUGGCCUGUGGGGCUGUGCUCAUCCAUGCGUUCUGGGUGCUGACAGCGGCCCACUGCAUGGAGGACUCCAAGAAGCUCACUGUCCGGCUAGGAGAGUAUGAUCUGAGGCGCAGGGAUAAGUCAGAGGUGGACGUGAGCAUCCAGGAGACCCUCAUCCACCCCAACUACAGCCGGAGGACCACAGACAACGACAUCGCGUUGCUACGCCUGGUGCGGCCCGCCCCGCUCUCGCAGACCAUCGUGCCCAUCUGCCUCCCCGACCGGAACCUCUCCGAGCGUGAACUCACCCAGGUGGGCCAGGAGACGGUGGUGACCGGCUGGGGCUACCGGAGUGAGACCAAGAGGAACCGCACCUUCGUGCUCAACUACAUCAAGAUUCCCGUGGCCCCGCGCAACGAGUGCAUCAAGGUCAUGAACAACGAGGUGUCGGAGAACAUGCUGUGUGCAGGCAUCUUGGGGGACCCUCGGGAUGCCUGCGAGGGUGACAGUGGGGGGCCGAUGGUCGUCCAGUUCCGGGAUACCUGGUUCUUGGUGGGCCUGGUGAGCUGGGGCGAAGGCUGCGGGCGCCUCCAUAACUAUGGUAUCUACACCAAAGUCAGCCGCUACCUCGACUGGAUCCACGGCCACAUCACACGGGAGGAGUCACCGCUCAAGAACCAGGCCACCUAAUGUACCUCAUACUGACCCUACACCCCGGUUGGUCACUCUUGGAAUGGGGGCUGACCUGUUGAAUGACAAUAUGUGGGGGCAUUAAAGAGGUGCACAUC